GAGAGAGAGUCUCGCCCUGUGCGCGGACGCGUCAGAUUAGACGCGUGGAUGAGCGGCGCGCUGCGGAUCGUCACUGACGGAGGAAAGCAAACGCUGAUGCGGCGAUGGGCUCUGAAUCUGAACCACACGACUGUCUGCGAGGAUGGUGUCGAGGUGUCCUCCGACGGAUGGAGAUCAGCGCAGGCUUCCGAUAUUAUUUCCAGCAUCCCUGGUCUCGUCUGCUGGUGGCGUACCUGGUCACCUUCUUCAACUUCCUGGUGUUCGCCGAGGACCCGGUGUCUCACAGCCAGACGGAGGCACACAUGAUGGUGCUGGGAAACUGCUUCUCGUUCGUGGUCAGUAAAUAUCCCGGAGGAGGAUGGAGCGUCCUCAAAGUCCUGAUGUGGAUCCUCGCCAUCAUCACGGGCCUCAUCGCCGGGAAGCUCCUGUUCCAUCGACACCUGUUCGGUCGUGUCCUGCGUCUGAAGAUGUUUCGUGAGGACCACGGCUCUUGGAUGACUAUGUUCUUCAGCACCAUUCUCUCGCUCUUCAUCUUCUCUCACAUCUAUAACCUCAUUCUGCUCAUGAGUGGACGGAUGCGGUAA